AUGAGGAAGACGUGCCAAGUGUGCAAACAGAAGCUGUAUCAGUAUGUGUGUCCCUCCUGCGAAAUCGUUUAUUGUAGUCUCGAAUGCUACAAAAAGCACAAUGACGAAUGCGUGCACAAUUUUUUAGACAACCAAGUGAAAGAAAAUAUAAAAAAUAAUCAGCUGACCGAUUUGGAGAAACGGGAGUUCAAGAUCAAGCUCAGGAAGUUUUACGACCAAGGCGGGGGGGGCGCAGAAGGGGAAGAAGGGGAAGAAGGGGAAGUCGCUGAUGGGGAAGAAGCAGGAUCCGCUGACGGGGAAGAAGCAGGAUCCGCUGACGGGGAAGAAGCAGGAACCGCUGACGGGGCCGCACGAAAAGCAGAUCCAGACGAAACCGAUCCAGACGAAGCAGGGCUGGACGAACCGGCCGCCGCAACCCGCAACGGGCACCUCAAAAAAUGGUGCAUCAGCAACAAACGGUACAAGGUGCUGACGGAGCUGGCCAAGAGCGACCAAUUGAAGUUGGACCACCUGACGCAAACGGAACAGAAACAGUUCUUCUCAUUCCUAAAGAGUAACGACAUGAAUGAAUACUUAGCUAAGUUCCAACCUUGGUGGCUAAACUGUGUAAUCAAAAAGGUCACCACACCUGAACACAUAUGUUGCAAUAAACGUGUGAAUGAAAAUGUGAAAUUUAUUGUAAUCGAGAUUGUCUACUCCUACUGCUAUUUACUUCGCAUUUUUAAUGAAAGCCUUGACAGUAAAGAAUUGUGUUACUGUUUUCUUUACAUGGCUAGCUGCCUGGACAGGUUUAAUCUCCCCGAAAGCAACGUGUACAGCACAGUAAAUAAUUUAUUUCAGAGGAUCCUCGAAAAUGAUGAAAUAGCUCGAGAGAAACGUAUACUGUACAAUGUCGUGACGGAUGUUACUGUUAUCUUAAAGCUAAAAGAUUUGUUACUUAGGUGUUUGUAUGAAACAAAAAAAUUUUUUAAAAAGCAAAUCAAAAAUGUGAAAUGCAAAAAGGAUAAAAUGGGCAAUACUCCCAGUGGCGUUAAAAAACUGGCUGCACUUUUACAGGAAGAAAAACAUUUUAAAUAUGUGAACAAGAAAAUUACCUUUCUUUGUAGCUACGCCAAUUACCAUUAUGAUGUGUUUGACUCCGUGACACAGCAACUUGACAGGUUCUACAGUGAGCAGUUCAGGGGGAUGUCUCUUUCGUCUAAUGAGAAACGAGAAAUU